AUGGUCUUUGAAUCAUAUGUAGUUGAUUUAGUCAACAAGUUCGGUGGACAGUUCUUGGAAAACCUUGAUCCCUCGCAGCUCAAGCUUGGAAUCUGGGGAGGMGAUGCAAAGCUUGAGAAUUUAAUCUUAAAGGAGAGUGCAUUGGAUGACUUUGAUCUUCCAGUYAAAGUUCUCAGAGGCCAUUUAGGAAAAUUGGUGUUAAAAAUUCCAUGGAAAAAUUUGUACUCUGAGCCUGUYGUGGCAAAGAUUGAUGGACUUUAUCUCUUAGUGAGACCAAAUACAGGGAUCAAGUACAAUGCUGAAAAGGAAGAAAAAGCUGAACAAGAGAAAAAGAAAAGACAACUGGAUGCUGUUGAAUUGGCUAGAAAACUGGAAGAUGAAAAGAAGAAAGCAGGUAUGCAAAACAAGGAACUAUUGAACAACACAUCUUACCAUCAAAAGACAUAAAGCGAGCCCCCUCAAAACACCAUUAUU